AUGGGCGACACGAUAACGAAACGACUUCAUAUUUCUGGCCUCACCCCAGCCAUCACAAAGGAGGAUCUGCAGAAAAGACUUUCCUCCUUCGGUACUGUGAAAUCUUUGGACGGAUUUGGCCUCCUGGAUGGUGUAGGUCGACCUCGGAAAUUUGGGUACAUUACUCUAGAAACAACCGCACCCCAACUGUCUAAAUGUCUGAACAUCCUAAGUGGAAGUACAUGGAAGGGGACUAAACUUCGACUCGGAGACGCGAAGCCUGAUUACGAUGAAAGGCUAGCCAAAGAACGCGAGGAGCAAGAGCCUCCUCGCAAAAAACGGCGCUGCACGGGUAUACACGCCGAGGAUAUGUCAAUAGUAACGCCCGAAAACGUCUCUGAGCGACGAGGAUGGAAAGUCACGCCGCUAGGUCGUAUUGUUCGGCCAAUGCGCAUGAGGCCGGGAAAGCCUUUGGCCGAGCCUGUGCAAUCCAAUACGAGCACCGCUAAGACGAACCCCAAGGAACGUAAAAAGAAGAAUCGCGUAAAGCCACCACCGACGAGAGCCAGGCGGCGUACAAUCGAUCCCACGGCAUGGGGGAGCACUCACCUGAAGGGUAUAUUUUUAGAUGCUAUUGGGAACGGUACCAGAGCUCAUGUUACCGCUGAGAAUAUGGAUAAAUGGGAGGAGAGUGCCUACGACAGUAGUGAAGAAAGUGAAGGCGAGGGUGAAGGCAUCAAAGAGAUGGACAGUAUCGUGCCAAAUCCAACCCCGACAGAAGUCUCACCGAUGAGAGCUGCACAACCAGCACCCCUGGCGAAACCACUCCCGCAACCAUCGACCAACGCCGAUCAGGAUCUGACCAUUGAGAAGACAAAUACGCUGCGCCUUUUGGACUCGCUUUUUGGAGGAAAAGAAAACGACAGCUGGGUCGGUCAGGAAAGUCUCUCAGAUAUUGAUGAAACUGAGGCAAAUACCCAUCUCGCCGCUGCUCGAUAUGACGCAGAACCGAUUGAGGAGGUACCUAUGGAGGUUGACGAACCAACGCAGGCACCUUCCUUACCAGAUGAUAUUUCUCAAACCCAGGUUGCGAAACCCACGGCAGAGCAGAGAGAAGCCACAAAUUUGAAAAGUCUAUUCGCUUCGCGCGAAGAAGAUGCUCUGGGCUUAGUUGGAUUCUCCCUUUUCGGAAAUCUUGGUGUCGACCUUGAACUCGAUGACGAUUUCCAAUACCCCGUUGAAGUGCAGCCUGUUCCGGCGGCAGAACCAGAGUAUUUCCGUCAAGUAGCGCAACCUACCGUCGUCGCUGGCUCCAUGACCAGACAAGCGACUAUGUUAGACUCAAAGAAGCCCCUUUUCUUUCCCCUGUCCAGCUCCUUCCAUUUCCAAGGUAGCGAUGCAUCCAAAGUUCAUAGCAUCCGGGGCAAGGCGAAAGACAUCUUUGAUGUCGCCACUGAGCGAGGCUGGAAUUGGCGAGAAUCAAACUCAGGAUUCUGGAGGACGGAGACAGAUGAACAGAUCAAGAAACGGUGGGAAGAUCAAAAGGUUGAAUUGACGAGGGAUUGGAGGAGGCGAUGGAGAGAAGCUGGCAAGUUGAGACGUCGGAGAGGAGCAGAUGGAACUGCAGAGUAA